UAAAAAAAACUUGGACUCACGUUGAAUUAAUUGAGAGCGCGGAACAGAAAAACAUCACACCUUUUCUAAAAAUUUGAAUUGGUUCAAUUCAUCGACUGAAACAAAUGGUAGAAAGGGAGGAUGUGGAGGAGGAGCUGUGUUGUCGCAAGGCCACUACGGUGAAUAAAUAGUACUAGUACUUACUGACAGCACCAAACAGCAAGCCGAAGAGCCAGAUAUUUCCCUCGGGAGUUGGUAGAGGCCAAAAAAAAGAACUAAAGGGGAGUAAAUGUUGGACUGAAACACAACUCCAGAUGAUCAGGUACUUGUUUCCACUGCCCCCCCCCCCCCCCACCGAAAAAUCUGUGAUUUCAGGGUCAAUGAGUUGCAGGUGCAGUGAGUGGGAGGUGGAUAAAUGAAGACUCUUCUAGAUUGAGCAAUGGUUUUCCCAGGUCAUCUGCUCAGAUCCAGAUAUGUUUCGGAGCCUGCUCGUCGUCAUCCUGUGCGGAUUGGCAGCGGCCGACAUUAGUUCAGAACUCGAUCGACACUGGCAGCUGUGGAAGAAGAUGCAUAAAAAAGUGUAUUCUCUACAGAUUGAAGAGUUGGGUCGCAGGCGGGUUUGGGAAGAGAACCUGAACAUGAUUAAUGUGCAUAACCUGGAGACAUCACUGGGAUUACACACCUACGAGCUGGCGAUGAAUCACUUGGGAGACCUGACCACUGAAGAGAUCACGGGCAUGCUGACGGGCACCGUUGUGCCCUCUGACCUAGAGAGAGGCCCCGGCUCUAACUCUUCCAGGGUCAAUGCUUCUCUGCCAACAUCACUGGACUGGAGGGAGAAGGGCCUGGUAACUGAGGUUAAAAUGCAGGGGUCUUGUGGCUCUUGCUGGGCCUUCAGUGCAGUUGGGGCUCUGGAAGGGCAGCUCAAGAAGUCAACGGGUGUCCUGAUAUCACUCAGUCCUCAAAAUCUGGUGGACUGCUCCAUCAAAUAUGGCAAUCGCGGGUGCAAUGGUGGCUUCAUGACGAAUGCCUUCCAGUAUGUUAUUAAAAACCAAGGCAUUGAUUCCGAUGAAGCCUACCCCUAUAUUGGCAAACGUGAGCAAUGCAAAUAUGACCAGCAGUAUCGGGCUGCCAACUGCUCCAGCUAUGUCUUGUUACAAGAGGGGGAUGAAUUUGGGUUGAAACAAGCCUUGGCUGACAUUGGCCCAAUCUCUGUUGCCAUUGAUGCUUCCAGGUCGAAGUUUGCAUUCUACCGUCAUGGUGUGUACAUUGACGGCAGAUGCACUCACAAAGUGAACCACGGAGUGCUGGCCGUGGGUUACGGCAGGGAGCGGGGACACGACUACUGGCUGGUCAAAAACAGUUGGGGUGAAAACUACGGAGAUGACGGCUACAUCAAGAUGGCUCGAAACAGACACAACCAAUGUGGCAUCGCACUCUAUGCUUGUUACCCCAUCAUGUGAUCAGCAGAUGGUCUACCUUUGUUUCUUUUAUGUAGUUUAAUAAAUGGGAAGAUGGUGAAUUUUAGAGUUCAUGAAUCUACUGAAUAAACAAUAAGUGUGCCAACAUCUA